CUCCGCCGGAAUUAUCCAGGCCUUGGUGUUUUGUAGAUACAGCAAAAAAAAAAAGCGGUUGAACUUGAGUGGUUUGAAAUUCUUCUUCGAUAGCUGCUGUGCGGGCAAUCCUUCCUUCGCUCCCUCUUCCCUCCUCAGAUCAUAAUCUCCGUCAUCAAUCGCAAUCGCAACUCCGAGAGAGUUUGAAAAAAAGUCACUCCCAUCUCACCCUCUUCUCAAUACACACAGCAAGAUCUCAAAAUGUCCAUCCCAAUCGCCACCAUCUCCACCUUCCGUACAACCUUCAACCCCUGGGCCCGCAGCGCCCGUCCCUGCCGCCUGCUGCUCUCGCUCCUCCGCAACCCCUCGACCGUCCCGGCCUCGAGCGGCACGCACAUCGACAUCAAGGUGACGCAGCUGCCGCGGCACUCAACGAAGCCGGCCGAGCUGGUGGUCGGCUUCAAGAACGGGAAGGAGGUGAGCAUCCCCGUCGGGGAGCGGGAGAUGCGGAUCGGGGAUGUCAUCGAGGAGAUUGCCCGCGUAGGGCGCGUGAUUGAGCGCGAGGAGACGUUGAAGGGUUGAUUUUAUUUCCGGCUGUUUAUUUCAAUUCUGGAUUGAAGAUUUGAUUGGAGCGGAGAAUGAAGGAAGAAGCCAGCAGGGGACAAUGAAGGGGAUGUGUAUUGCGCCAGAUAUCCUACGGCCCUGGAGGAUGACGGGCAAUCUUGGUGCUUCUGUCCUUGUAUUUUUGGACGUGCGCAAUGCUAUCGCGGCAUAGGUGGAAGUCAUCAGGACUUUGUUUCGUGACCUGUAUUAUCUAUCAUGUUAUUCACGAACAUGUGUAUAUACCAGCUACUGAUUAUUAUUGUUUUAUUUGUUUUUAUAUUUUUAUAGACUACCCAUC